CCUCUUUCCUGAGAAAUAGAAAACCCAAAUCCCCUCGGCGGCGGAACCCUAGCAGCACGCCGCCAGCGGCAGCCAUGGCGACGGACGGCGACAUCGACAUGGCCGACCUCGCCUCCCUCGACGCCCCGGCCUCUUCCGCCGCCGCCGCUGCCCCCUCCGUCCGCUUCCAACCCAACGUCAAGGGCAAGCCCAAGCCCAAGCCCAAGCCGAAGCCGAAGGCCAAGCCGGCGCCCAAGCCCAAGGACAAGCCGGAGCCGGAGCCGGAGCCAAAACCGGAGGAGGGUGACCCCUACGCCGUGGCGGCGGCCACGCUGCCGGAGGGCGGCGUGGAUGCGAUGGAGACCGACACGGACAGGGUGGGCGCCGGCGAGGGCGCGGAUGACAUGGAUGUCGAGGACGAGGACUUUGUGGUGCGGGAGAUCGACGUCUACUUCACGCCAAAGCCCUUCGACAAGGACAGCAAGCUGUACAUCAUGCAGUAUCCGCUGAGGCCAUGCUGGCGUCCGUACGAGCUCGGUGAGGUGUGCAAGGAGGUGCGCGUGAAGCCAGGGAGCUCAAAGGUUGAGGUGGACUUGGAGGUCGAUACGCAGAGCGACAAUUACGACCCGGAGGUUUCUGCGUCUCUGAGGCUGACGACGCAGACGCUGUCAUCAUCGGAGGCGGCCUAUGUGUCUGACUAUGCCGUUGGAGUUCUCCGAGGCAACAUGGUUCAUCUGAAUCAUCUUGAUGCGGUGAUGCAGCUGCGGCCGUCAAUGCCGCAUCUGAUUUCUGGUGCUUCGCGUACUAGGCAGCCUUUGCAACAGGUGGAAACAAAUGGUGGUGGUGCUGGUCGCCAGGCUGUUCCAUCGGUUAAGGGAAGUCAGCACCCAGAUGGUUCCAAGGUCUCCCCUGAAGAACCUGAGCCAUGGAUUUCUCUCACUUACGAACCAGCUGGGAGUGAUGUUGCAAGCAAGUACUAUGCUGAGAUGGUAGCGAGCGAGGGCAGGCCUAUAGAUUUCACAAUGAGCACACAUGAUUAUGCAUUGUCAUUGUGUCCUGGAGGGCCGACAGGCAGCAAGAAUAUUAACAGAAGCCAGGCGAUCCGGGAGAUGCUUCCACUUCCACUGGAAGAGCGCCUGAAGAAAUGGUUUACUGAGGUGUCACAAGUGAGUCGAUUUGUUGCUCUAAUGCAUCUUGCUCCAGACUGUUCGGAGGAAGACCUUCUGGAAACUCUUCCGGUGUAUGCUGAUUUGGUGCGUGGUUUAUGGGUCUGCAGAAGUUCUUUGUUGUAUGAUGAUGGACUCGCUUCCAAAAGGGAUCAAAUUAUGCUCGAGUUUACAAAAAUGGAAUCCAUACCUGUGAAGUAUGUGGAGAGACUGAUCAGAGAUGAGCGAGCAAGGAACAUGAUAUUGAAUCCGCUGGGUAAAAGAAGGGAGAAGCUUCAAGACUACAAGUUUAUAGUAGCAGCAGAUUCAUCCUUCAUAAAACGUUACUCCCAUAUAGUCAAGGAGCAAGAAAAUGCUUGGUCGGUCCGUGCUGCAACCAUGCCUGAUUCCCUAGAGAAAUGCAGUGCUACUGAACAAAGGAAAACCAAGAACUCAACCAAAUCUAACAUUCCUGUGAAAGGGCCUGAUCCAGUAAUGGGUAAGACCAAGGAUGGCCUCGUUCAAGGAAGUGAAAACCAUGUGCGCUCUGUCUUGGAUAGUGUCUUCACUGCCAAUAAAGUUCGCAGCUUUCCGGCCGUUGUUAGAGACUUGAGGCACUUGGCAGUAAAAUAUGCCUCUGACAGGAAAGAUGGAGCAAGAUUCCAAGCUCUGUCAAACGCUGCACAAACUUGUGUUUCACUUUCUCGUAAAGAGCUUGAUGCUUCAAUACGUCUUGUUGCUGUUCCUGUCCAUGAUUUAUAUGUUCAAAAGUCUGAGGAGAAGGCUAGUGUGCGAAAUUGUCUCAUUAAGCUCUUCCGUGAUAGAGUUCCCAAUGGAACAUUAAAGAAGCAGGAAAUCCUUGAUUGUGCUCUGAGUAUCUUAAAGAGAAAAAUUAGUGAGAAAGAGUACCAUCAGGCUGUGACUGAGAUCUGCAUCUCAAAUGAAGAUGGACACUUGGUACUGAAGAAUGGUGAAAUGUCUUGAAUUCGAUAUGCCAUCAGGCUGUGACUGAGAUCUGCAUAUCAAAUGAAGAUGGAUAUUUGGUAUUGAAGAAUGGUGAAAUGCCCUGAAUUCGAUAUGAUGAUGAACCUUGUAGAUGUCCAAAGUGCUUGAAGUUUACUGUAGUCACAGAAGGUGGUAAAUAACCAUUCUAGCAUUGCAUGUCGUUCUCUAAAAAUAGUUGGAUGUGUUCUUAGCAAUAAAGAUGGGCAUUGGUUGUGUAAUUGGUUCAUAUCUGGACCACUUGCUGACAAGGUUCAAAAUUCAAAUCAACAUUUCUAAGCACUAUGUUUCUUUAUUAAAUUAUACCUGUGUUGUAGCUGGUC